AUGGGAUUUUUUGUCCCUGCCGGGAUUUUCUGCCUCUGGUUCGAUACCACUUACGACUCGAGUAUCUGGAGAGGCCGAACACCCACCCCAUUUACGAUUGUCAAACGAGAGAAUGUCUCAUCAACCGCUUUCAUACUGACCGUCCGGCCGCAGGUCAGUCAGCACCACCUACGCGACAACGAUCCAUAUUCAGAGUUUUGGAACUUUGGGACUUGGGCUGUAAAGAUCGUGCAACCCGAAUUGCAGAUUUCCAGAUACUAUACCCCUCUUCCUCCUCUCGACACCGAUAGAUCCGAAAAAUUACGAUUCUUGAUACGUAAAAUAGAAGACGGAGAGGUCUCGGUGUAUCUGGAUCGCCUGUCUGUUGGAGGGAAGGUGAAGCUGUAUGAACCAACCGGCACAGCUGGGUUGAACAGCUCGGACGAUGUUACAGAUGUCGUUUUUCUAGCUGGCGGUACUGGCAUCGCACCGGCAAUGGGCUUUGCGUACAGCUUGCUAGAGAGGAAACAUGCGAAUGAAGGUCCAAGGAUACACAUUCUAUGGGCAAACAGGAGAAGGGAAGACUGCUUAGGUGGUGAUAGCCAUAGCGGUACAACACCAAGGGAAGGUAUUCGAAGGAAUCGACUCGUCAAAGAACUGGACGAUCUGCAACAGAAGCACCCGGAUCGGUUGUUUGUGGAUUACUUUGUUGAUGAGGAAGGAACAACUAUUGAUGCGAACAGAAUUUGGCAGGCUACGAAAACCACAUCUGCCCAAUCUGGCACGCCAACCAAAAUGUUGCUUGUGUCCGGUCCAGAAGGCUUUGUGGAUUAUUUUGCUGGAAUGAAGAAAUGGGAAGAUGGUGAACAUAAGCAAGGGGAUGUAGGUGGCUUGCUUGGUCGAAUGAGACUGGAGGGUUGGAAGGUUCUCAAACUUUGA